GCGUUGCAAGCAUAUAACGGAACGCACCUCAUGAAGUAAUAUAACUCCACAACAAAUCAAACAAAUUUUUAAUUUUUAGCACAAUAAAACUAGUCGGGGGGUUAGAUGGGGCUUGUAUGAAUGUCAAUAAGAAUCAUAUUCUUCAUUUUUCUGUUAACUAAGAUAAUCAGAAUGUUAAUUUUGUAAUUAAUAAUACACAAAUACACGAGAAAGUCAAUCAUCAAUGUGCGAAAAGUUUCAAUAAUCAAUUGUCAUUAAAAUCUAUUAGUAAAAUCAGUAUGUGCAAGAUUGUUUUCUCAAUUUAAGUGACAGCUGAACAUACAAUGUAGUGUAAACGUUAAUAUAUUUACAUUGUGAGCUGUGAUAUGGAUGCAGACAUAUUAAGAGCAAUAUUAAGGAGCUCUGGUGAUGCAGAAAAUGUUACUGAGUCUGAAGAUUAUAAAAACAUGUCGAGGGAAGUUGUACUUCAGUCUAAUGCAAUAUCUGAUACUUUAUGUACAUCAUUGAGCAAUCUUCUAUGUUAUAAAGUAUCUAAACAAGCUUAUCAACGUUAUUCAGUUCGACUGUUGAUAAUUGAUAUCAUAAGGAAAUGGUGCAGAACUACAAGCAAUUUUGAUCAUUUGCACGUCUUUACAUCUGAAGAAAAUAGCUUGAAGUUUAUGGACACUCUCUUGAACAAGUAUCUCACUGAUGAUAUUCUGAGUGACUCUUGCUCAGAUGAUGCUCUGAUAUCUUUAACUACUGCUGUGAUGCAUCUGUCAACUGCAAAUCCAUUAUUUAUGCAUCAUUUGGACAAAUUGCUUGUGAGACUUUCGCAUUUGGAGACAAACGAUAAAAUCGAGAGAUUGUUACACAAUGCUCUAAACACAAAUCAACACCUCAAACUAUCUACGAAGGAAGAAAUAUACCUUUCGCAGAAGUCAAACUUGAUAGAAGGACCUUUGCUGUACAGUUUCACUCGUAUGUUCCCCGACGCGCAUGAGGAAAAUUGUGCAAAAAAACAGCAUGACGAAAAUCUGGAUCGUUUAUUAGCAUUCAGCACAGAAUCCAUGUGUGUCUUCCAAUUAAUGUUCAGCUUCUUGAAGGAGCUGCUGGUUCAGUUGCAAUAUGCUCCCGCAGUCAUGGACUUCAUAAACUUGAUGUUGAAGCGCGUAGACGCUUAUUGCGAGAAUCAUGGUAAAGAUAUAUUGGACCUUUAUCCUAGGAGAUUACGUUCCUGCGUGAUCUUAUUGAAAAUAAAGCCCAAUAUUCACUCUACGCAAACCAGAGAAUACACGCUGGAGACUGUGAAGCGAAUUUUCUUUGAGAAUAAGGACGCUGCCUUAAUACUGAUGUCUCACUUCCCUGAGUGGCUGGAACUUCUUUCGGCUUACAUCACUAAUAACGCGCCAAGUUGACCAUCGUAGAGAGUAAUGCCUCUCUUUGUUGUUAUUCCAAUCCAAUUGUUAUACAAUAUAUAUAAUUGCCGCAAAAACGUUUAUUUAUGUUUCUACAUUUAUUAUAUAAAUACUCUGAAAUAACAUUUUAUAUAUUUUUUAAAGAAACACGACAGAACGUUAAAACAAACUUCUCCAAAAGAAGUCUAAUCAUAUGGUUUACACUCUUUCAACUUAAACACUUUGGAUUUGUAUUUGUAGUGACAUCUUAAUGCUCCUCUCUCCUCGCCACAGGACUCAAUUGAUGACGUCAGAGAUGAGAAAAUAUACAAAAUAAAAAUUAUUGCAAAAAAUACAUUAAAAUAAAGAUAUAAAAUGAUACUUGCAAUCAAUCGGGCAUAUCUGUAAAAUAGUCCAAACGCUUUCUUUUUGCUCUAAUAAUCAAUAAAUUACCAUAAAAUUAAUGUAAAAUUAAUGUACCUUCUUAACCUACUUUUCUUUAUGAUUUUGUUGUUUAUUAAGUUAUGAUUGUUAGAACAAACAAAGUGUUCAGACUAUUUUAUACACCUGCUCGAUCGAUUGCAAGUGUCAUUUUAUGGAUACAUCUUUUUAUUUUUAUGUAUUUUGCAAGAAUUUUUAGUAUGUGUAUAUCCCAGUAAACACAAAGUAUCAUCCAUAUUACAAUGUCAGCAAUUAUAUGGUAUAUUAUAUGGUAUAUUAUGUAACUGUUACUUUGUAAUAUAAUAAAGUUGAACUGACAUUGUAAUAUCGAUGAUAUUUUGUGUUUAUUGGGAUGUUUUCGCUCUUCUGACGCCAUAAAUCAAGAUAAUCGCUGCGAAGAGUUAGGAGCCUUAAGACUCUCGUUUAUGAUACUCCUGUUGUUACUAUCGAACAAAUUUGCGAGUAAUUAAUUAUUUUCUUAAUUAUCGUUUUUAAUUCACGAUUAAUGUAAGCUAAUUUAAUUGGAGACUGUUUAAUUGACAAUUGAUUUCAACAAAUUCAAUCGAAGACUGUCCGUUGACAAUUGAUAUGAGUGAAGAGAAUUAGUGAACGUUUAAUUAAUAAUUGAACUUGACAAAUUUAAUUAAAGACCGUUUAAUUUUCGAUUGAACUAGUAAAUUCAAUUAAAGGCCGUUUAAUUGAUGACUCAUAUGAACAAAUUCAAUUAAUUCAGAAUUGUAAAAAUCGAAGAUUGUUCAAUAACGAUUUAUAUGACCAGUGGCCUCUCUCAACAUGAGUCCUAUUUGGCACUUCUAGUCGGAAUCAUCGGCAUCUUCUACAAUGCCAUGAUUUUAAUAUAAAUAUAUACAAUCAAUUGUAUAUCGUAAUAAAAUAUUAUAUAAAACCAAUUGUAAUCUUGAGUAAUCGAAUGCUCAUUGAUUGAAUUUGCUCAUAUCGAUUAUCAUAUUAAAUGCAGGAUUAAUUUCUAAUUAAUCCUACAAUUCUAAACAAAUAUACAAGUAAAUUGUAAAGUCGUAGCUUACGAAAAAAAUAAAAAAAAAACCAUAGAUAUUUACGAGUUAUCAUAUGUGACAUACGGUCCGCAUAAAAUUGUAGAUUUACUCAUAAGUUCUUACGAGUCUUACGAAAACAAGUUACGAGUUUUACGAUUUUGUGUAGAAUUGCAAUAUAAAUUAGCUAUGUUCAAUCAUUAAUUAAACGACCUUUAUUUAAAUUGCUGAAUUAAAUCGGUAAUUGAGUAAUUUUUAGUUUUCUUGAGUUAUAUCAAUCGUCAAUUGAAAGGUCUUUAAUUGAAUUCAUUGAGAUUAAUUGUCAAUUAAAUCUAUAAUCAUUGGCUCGAAUCAAUUGGCUCUCGAUUAGUUGAACUGAAACAUAUUUGAUCAAAUUAAUUACUAAAUUGAGAAAAAUUUAAUCGAUAUUUUUACAGCUUUGCUGUGGAAGCACUCCAAAGUUGUAUUGUCGCUUUGUGUGACAAAAUACAAAAUAUAUUCCGGGAAUUUUUGAACGUCUUCGACAAUCCAUAAAGCGUCAAUGCAAGACAUGCGGAAGGAAAUUAUUUUCAGUAAUUUUUUUCGUGAUGUGUCCUUACCAAAGUCUGUUUUCGGACCAAACGUUUUCGGACCAACGUUCAUAUGAUCCUUUCUUCAUCUUUACGAUGAGUAGAACAUGCUCUUUUUGCGGCUUAAUUAGCAUAUUAAUGUAAAUUUGUUAUAAAUUUCCGCUGAGAAGAAAGUCCAAAUCUUUGGACCGUUUGGUUUCAUUUAUUGUAUAUAUGUCUGAAACUAAAUAUACUAUAAUUUUGUUUGCAUAUC